AUGGAAAUACAUGAUAUAGAAGAUAGUAUUAAUACUCUUAUUGAUAAGCUAAUUAAUCUUUUAAUUAAGACUCAAGAUGAUGGAAAUAAUUUCAAUGAAACAGAACAUUUUAUUAAUCAUUGCAUAUUUCUUUUAACACGAAAUUUAUAUGAGAUCUUUGAAUGGCUUAAAGAAAACCAAGUGAAAUCCUAUUAUCAAUUUUUCUUGGGAAUUAUAUAUUAUAAUGUUGAGAAAAAUUUUAAUGAAGCAUAUAAAUUAUUUUAUAAAGCCUCGGAAAAUAAUUAUCCAAUUGCACAAGUUUAUCUUGCAAAUUGUUAUAAGACAGGAUUAGGAACCGAGAUAAAUUAUAAUCUAGCUUUUAAAUGGAUGCAAAAAGCCGCAGAAAAUGAAAGCAUUUGCGGACAACUUAAUCUUGGGAUUUAUUAUGAUAAUAGUAUAGGAACAGAUUCCAAUUUAGAUAAAGCAAUUUAUUGGCAUCAAAAAUCUGCUAAUAAUGGAAAUUUAUGUGGAUUUUUUAUUAUAGGUAAAAAUAGAGAUUUGGAAAUAAGUUUGUAUUGUUGUCAGAAAGCAGCAGAUAAUGGAGAUAAUAUCAGACUGCAUUAUCUGGGUGAAUAUUAUGAGUUGGGAAAAAAAGUUAAUAAAGACGAAAUUAAGGCGUCUGAAUAUUAUAAAAAGUCAGCAGAAAAUGGAUUAGUGAAUGCAAAGUUUUAUCUCGGAUAUUCUGCUGAAAACGACAAAAAAUUUGCAUUUUACAAAUUAGAUGAAAUUUACGAAUUAGUUAAAGGUGUAGAUGGUCAAGGAAGUAGUAUCACACCAUCAAUCUAUGGAAUAAUAAAGAAUCGAGAAUUGGUAGAAAUUUUAUCACCUAUAAAAAUAUUUUUAAAUAAUUAA